GACAUUCAAAUUCCUUCAACAUUUAGGUAAUCAUCACCAGUAUAUGGCCAUCUUCUAGAUGGAAAACCAAUUUCCAAAGAGACCAAGAUCAUCUGAACCCUUACCCAAUCGAAGAACUCAAUGCAAGACUGAACCGUGUUUGAGAUUUCGAAGGGGUACCUACGAUCACGGUGAUCGCUGUUGCUUCGUCCAUGGCAAUGGAGAUCUUAGAACAGUCGAUGGAAGGAAUGAACUGAUUGGGGCUGAUGAGAGUUCUCGUGUCAAGCAUUGGGAUGAGAAUCAAAACCCUAGAUGUAGCGAUAAAACCAAAUUGUGCUGGAGGUUCAUGAAUGGCGAGAAAUGUCAAUUUGGGGAUAGAUGUCACUUCAAUCAUAUCAGAACUGAAAGGAAGAGUGUUGCUAUAAGCAUUGUGAAUGUGGCUGGAAAUGGUCAGAUGCAGCAGCAUAAGCAGACGCCAUGGAAAACAAGGCUUUGUAACAGGUGGAUGUCAACCGGUAGCUGCGCAUUUGGUCUGAAAUGUUGCUUCGCUCAUGGAGAAUCAGAACUGCAGAAGCGAGGAUCGAAUGAUGCACAAGAUUAUGCAGACGGUGAACCGUGUAAAUGGGUCGAUAUGACUUGUGAGAAAAAAGUGGAUGGGAAGCGGUGGGAAUUUAAGUGGAAAGAUGUUGAGAAGAUUGGUCGCAUUUAUGCUGAUUGGAUCAAUGAUACGUCACUUGUUCAUGUUGAAAAUGGCAAUGUAGCAAGCUAAGUCUGACUUCUACUUGUGUCUCAUACCGUAUAGUUCCACAAAUUCUAUCGUUUAACUCCUAAGAU